CGACACGCAACCACACUCCUCCUUGGACACCAUGGCCGGACACGGCAAUGGCUCAGGCUGGAACCGAAAUGGUCGUCGAGAGGAUGGUGGUGGGAGGAGCAUGCCGGUUCAUCUGCGCCCGCGCAAGGCGCUCCACGUCGACGCGCCUGCUGGCCUGUUUGAGACUCAGAUGCCUCGCGGCGGCAUUGGCCGCUCGCUCAACUACUCAUCGAUCGCGGGCUACAACGUCCUGCUCAACGCGUACGAAGAUCCGCGGCAGGAGGCUCGAGCCUUAGAGUACGAGGCCCGUCAGCCGCGCCGUGGACGCAAGGCCUUUGCCAUGCCCCGCACCAAUCCGUUAGGCGCAGACUUGGACGCUCCGCCCGAGCGGUCGCACGCAGGCUCGCGGAGCAGUGGCUACUACGCCGAUACCUCUUCCAGUGGGCGGACAGGUGCGCGUCCCGGCGGGCACGGCCCUGUGCGCUCAAGAUCGCAAGCCGGCUUUCGCGCCACCCCGUCGGGCGCUGCCCCGCUGCUGGGUCAGGCUGUGUCGGAGCUCGGCCCGCCGGUUCCGCGCUCGGCCUCGCGCAACGAGCCGCUCAACCCGUACGCCAAGUCGUCGUACAAGUACAAGUACCAAGCACAAGCGUACAAUCCGCUGACACACACCUACACCGAUCCAUCUCUGCAGGCCGCAUCUGCUGCUGCCGAGUCCGACGCCCGCCGCCGCAAGGCAGAGUCGUGGCAGGCCCACCGCUCGCAGGCUUCGCCCGAGCGAGCUCGCCGCCGCAAGAUGGGCAUCAGCACCAGGGACUCAUCUUCCGUUCCGGGCUCCAUCCUCGCCCCUGCGCCGCCAGCCGCCGAUCGCGUCCGCCACUCGGCCUAUGACCCCAAGAGCUCUCGCUGGCGUGCCGGCCCGCCCCAGCCGGCCAAGACCCGCCCGCAGCCGCUGCUCCAGUCGGCCGGCGUCAGCUCGGCCCUGCGCGAACUGCCACCGCGCCGCAGAUCCUCCCGCCCGGCUCCACCGCAGGCCUCCAAAGCGUUGCACCACCAAUCGACUAUUGCUUCGGUCCUCGCCUACAGCGAUGCUCCUAUGUCCGCCCAAGAGCUUGCGUCAUAUGCCCGCCCCUCCCGCAAGACUGGCCCGCGUGAAGUCGACCGCGGCUACUCGAUCCUCGCCCAUGACGGCUAGGCAACUCAAGUUUGAUUUCUGGCGAGACGUCGGCUACGCUAUUGCACAUCGUAGGAGAAGACUGCCACCAACUGCGAGCCGUUGCUCGCCGUCGAUGGUACGUACGCGAUAAACGCCG